AGAUGGCGGUUAGCAUCCGAGCUCGUCCGAUCCGGAGUAUACGGAUGCGAGGUCGGAAUGACAGCGGGGAGGAGAAUGUACCGCUGGAUCUGAGCAGAGACCCCAAAGACAACCUGCGAGAGAUUCUCAAAAAUGUGGCCAAGCAGCAGGGCGUCUCCAACAUGCGCAAACUGGGACACCUCAACAACUUCGUUAAGCUUCUUUGCAAUGUGGGCCAUUCAGAAGAAAAGUUUGGCUUUACUUAUGAUGAAAUUAUUAUCUGCCUGCGAUUGGCGCUGCUUAACGAAGCGAAGGAGGUACGGGCGGCGGGACUCCGAGCUCUCCGCUACCUGAUCAGAGACAGCACUAUUCUCCAGAAGGUUCUCCAUUUCCAGGUGGAUUACCUGAUUGCUAGGUCCAUUGAUAUUCAGCUGAGCAACGAGGGGGAGCGGACCCAGGCGCUCCGGCUGGUGAGGAAGAUGAUCACUGUGAACGCCCAGCUCUUCCCAAGCUCCAUCACCAACUCCCUUGUCGCCGUGGGCAACGACGGGCUGCAGGAGCGCGACAGCAUGGUGCGCGCGUGCAUCGCCAUCAUAUGUGAACUCGCACUGAAGAACCCGGAGAUCGUGGCUCAGAGAGGCGGCCUCAAAACGAUCCUCAAGAAUGUGAUCGACUCGCAGCUCAGUCGCAUCAAUGAGGCGCUGAUGACCACCGUCCUGCACCUGCUCAAUCACCCUCACACACGCCAGUACGUGCGCUCCGACGUGGAGCUGGAGCAAAUUCUGGCCCCUUAUACAGACUUCCACUACAGGCACAACCCAGACACGACGGAGGGGCAGCUGAAGGAGGACAGACAGGCUCGGUUCCUGGCUAGUAAAAUGUCUAUCGUGGCUUCCUUCCGCUCGUGGUCCGGCAUCAUUCAUCUCUGCAAGUCGGGCAGCUCAGGCAUACAGUCCCUCAUCGGCCUGCUGUGUAUACCAAAUAUGGAGGUUAGGAAAGGCCUACUGGAGGUGCUGUAUGAGAUAUUCAGGCUUCAUGUUCCUGUAGCUACACAAGACUACACUGAAGCUCUUCUUAGUGUUGAUCCCAGUAGAUUUCAGGACAGCUGGAGGCUGUCCGACGGCUUUGUAGCCUCAGAAGCCAAAGUCAUCCUUCCUCAUCGGGCGCGGUCACGGCCUGACCUGAUGGAUAACUACCUUGCACUCGUACUCUCCGCCUUCAUCAGCAGCGGACUCUUGGAGGGCUUGGUGGAAGUAGUCACCAGCGUUGACGACAGCGUUUCGAUCUGCGCCACCAUCCUCCUGGGCGAGCUCCUGCACAUGGCCAACACCAUCCUCCCUCACUCUCACAGCCACCACCUACACUGCCUGCCCACCCUCAUGAACAUGGCCGCCUCGUUCGACAUCCCUCAGGAAAAGAGACUACGGGCCAGCGCCGCCGUGAACUACCUGAAGCGCUUCCACGAGAGAAAGAAGCGCGGCCCCAAACCCAACAGCCUCUACCUGGACCACAUCGUGCGCAAGUCAGCCGCGGCCCAGUGCUGUCGAGAGCAGCACCUGCGGCCUCAGAAAGACAUCUACGUGAUUAAGGAUACCGAGGAGGCUCUGAUGAUGAACCUCAGAGACAGCCAUAUUCUUAACCACAAACAGAACCUGAACUGGAACUGGGUUCUCAUUGCUACAAUAUUAAAGUGGCCAAAUGUCAACCUGCGAAACAACAAAGAUGAACAAAUGCACAGGUUCGUGCGAAGGCUCCUGUUCUUCUACAAACCCAGCAGUAAGCUGUAUGCCAGCCUGGAGCUGGACCACAGCAAAGCCAAACAGCUCACCAGUGUGGGCUGCCAGUUUAUCGAGUUCCUGCUGGAGUCCGACGAGGAUGGCCAGGGGUACCUGGAGGACCUGGUGAAGGAUAUCGUGCAGUGGUUGUCCUCUUCUUCAGGGAUCAAAACGGACCGCAGUCUGCAAAGCAACGGCCUCCUCAACACCCUCAGCCAGCACUACUUCCUCUUUUUGGGUACUCUCUCUGCCCACCCGAGUGGCGUCAAGCUGUUAGAGAAAUGCAGUGUCUUCCAGUGCCUGCUGAACCUGUGCUCCCUGAAGAAUCAGGACCAUCUACUGAAGCUGACCGUAUCCACACUGGACUACAGCCGAGACGGCCUAGCACGCGUCAUCCUGUCCAAAAUCCUCACUGCAGCAACUGAUAACUGCAGGCUGUACGCCACCAAGCACCUACGGGUGCUCCUCCGUGCCAACGUGGAGUUCUUUAGCAACUGGGGCAUCGAGCUGCUGGUCACUCAGCUCCACGACCGCAACAAGGCCGUUUCCAUGGAGGCCCUGGACAUCCUGGACGAGGCCUGCGAGGACAAGGCAAAUCUUCAUGCACUGAUCCAGCUGAAGCCUGCACUGACUCACCUCGGGGACAAGGGUGUGCUCCUGCUGUUACGGUUCUUGUCCAUUCCGAAAGGAUUUUCCUACCUCAACGAGAGAGGCUACGUCACAAAGCAGCUGGAGAAAUGGCAGAAGGAAUAUAACCUAAAGUACGUGGACCUGAUAGAGGAGCAGUUGAACGAGGCGCUCACUACCUACCGCAAACCAGUCGACGGGGACAACUACGUACGACGGAGCAACCAAAGGUUGCAGAGGCCGAACGUGUACGUUCCCGUGCAUCUGUAUGGUCAGCUUGUACAUGAUAAGACAGGCUGCCAUCUCCUAGAAGCUCAGAAUGUGGUACCAGACCUGAGCUACACUGUGCGUUCCCCAGUGCUGGACACGUGGGAGGGCAUCAAGCAACUGAAAGCUGCUCUCUGGGCCCUGGGUAACGUUGGCACGUCAAACUGGGGUCUCAACCUGCUUCAGGAGGAGAAUGUGAUUCCAGACGUCAUAGCUUUGGCCCACCACUGUGAGGUUCUGUCCAUAAGAGGGACGUGCCUGUACGUGCUGGGUCUGAUCUCCAAGACCAAGCAGGGCUGUGAGCUGCUGAAGCUGCAGGGCUGGGAUGCGGUCAGGCACAGUCGGCGGCAGCAGUGGCCCGUGGUGCCCGACGAAGUGGAGCAGCAGCAGCAGCAGCAGCCGCCCGCGCCGCCCACGCUCCUCUCGUCGGUCCCCAGCACGCUCAGUCUCAACUCCGAGUCCACCAGCUCCAGACCCAACAGUGAGAGCGACUCCACCCAGCCCAGUAUGUACAUCAUGGACGACGAGAAGUUAGACGGGUCGGAGCUGUCUGAGGAUCAGCCGCUGUACUUCAGGUCCAAACUUCUGAAGGACCGCAGCCCCUUCACCAUCCUCGCGUCCAGCCGCUUCGUCCGCAACCGCUUCCUCAUCUCGCUCUCCGGGAAGAAGCCGCGCAGCACCAGCGACCCCAAAGGCAGCAGCAGCAGCAGCAGUGGCAGCAGUUACAAACUGCACAGCGAGCCCAUCACGGGAGGCCUGCGGAGAAACCGGACGGUCACCGAACCCUCCGUGUUCUCGCCCGGCCAGGGCGACGUCUUCAGCCCCGUGUUUUCCGACCUCCCCAAAAGCCCGUCGGUCACCCUCGAGACGUCCUUCGUGGGCAGCAAGGGCGACGUGAACCAGGACGGCACGGCGGGCGUCGGCGAGCCCGAGUCUCGCCCGCAGCGGGUCUCGGAACGCAACCUGGCCGGCGGAGACGUGCAGCGAGAGCAGACGAGCCGAGAGAGACUGGCGGGGGACGGGCCCUCCUCCGGGGCCCCGUUCAAGAGUCGGAGCCAGAGUUUCAACACGGACACCACGACCAGCGGCAUCAGCUCCAUGAGCUCCAGCCCGUCCAGGGAGACGGCGGCCGGCGCCGCGGACUCCUCGGCCGUCGAGACGGACUGCGUCAGCCUCAGCACGGUGGUCAGCGCGCAGACCAUCCGCACCCUGCACUCCCUCACGCCCCAGUCCAAUCACCUCCCGCUCUCCAAAUCCAACUCGGUGGUGCUGGUGCCGCCGGGCUCGUCGCACACGCUGCCGCGCCGGGCGCAGUCGCUCAAAUCUCCCUCCGUCACCACCAUGACCAGUCUGACGGACUGCAGCUUCAUGUACACCAGUCCCAGGGACGCCAUGGGGUACGCCACGCUGAAACGGCUCCAGCAGCAGCGCAUUCACGCGUCGCUCUCGCACAGCGAGGCGCUCGCCUCACCCGCCAAGGACGUUCUCUUCACCGACGCCAUCACCAUGAAAACCGGGAGUCUGGAUUCCCGCUGGCUCACACCAGGGAGGUUCCUGAAGGCUCUGAGCUUCGCGUCUUUGGAUAAGGAGGACCUGCUGAGUCCCAUCAGCCAGACCACGCUGCAGCGCUCGUCCUCUGUGCGCUCCAUGGUGUCCAGCGCCACUUACGGCAGCUCCGACGACUACAUCGGCCUCGCCCUGCCCAUGGACAUCAACAGCAUGUUUCAGAUGAAAGAGACUCCGUACUUCCAAAAAAGAACGAGUCCACCGUCAGAAGACAGAUCUGCCAGGUUCUUCUCCGGAGACUCGGAUGGUUCCGGUGAUGGCUCACGCCACUCUGUCCUGAAGUCCCAGCUCAGCAUCACCGAGCUGAUGGCGGGUAGCCGGGCGGACCAGCAGCAGCUCCUGGGCUCCGAGGACACGGGUCUGCAGGAGCACACCGAGGAGAACUGCCUGUACUGCGUGGUCUGCAAAGUGCUGGGCUGUAACGCUCACACCCCCGCGCAGAGUCGCCCAGACUUCGCGGACGGGCCGUACUCGGAGUGGUGCAGCCAGCCCAUGCACAACCACCUCGAGGUCGUGCCGCACUCCAAGUUCUCGGGCGUGUCGGGCUGCAGCGACGCGGUGUCGCAGGGAUCCGCAGGCAGCACGGAGCUGGUUCUGGGGGUGAAGACCAUUCCAGAAGAUGCUCCAGCCUGCAGAGUGCUGCUGAGGAAAGAGGUGCUACGUCUGGUCAUUAACCUCAGCUCAUCGGUAGGAACCAAAGGACACGAGACCGGACUUCUCACGAUCAAGGAGAAGUUUUCGUACGCGUUCGACGACAUCUGUCUGUACUCUGAAGUCUGCUACCUGCUGGCGCACUGCAUGUUCAGACUCACCUCUCGACGCUUCAUCCAGGAACUGUUCCAGGACGUGCAGUUCGUUCCGCUUUACGAGGAAGCCGAGAGCAUUCUGUCCAUGCCGCCCAAAUCCAUCAGUGUCAGGUCUCCCCCGGAGUCCUGAAGUUCCCAUCCUCACCCCUCACCCCUCCUCCUCCUCCUCCCGGACUCCUUAUUCAUUCUGGCCAAGACUUUCGGCAAUAAGAGGAAACACAGGGGUGUAAGGGAUCAGGGAUACGGGACGGGCGCGGGCGUUUCCCCCGAACGAAGGUGUCUGGAGCAAAAGAAUCGGUACGCCACAUCACGACGGUUCUGCCUGAACAAAAAGCCCCGAAAUCAGGACGGAAGCGGUUCCACCUCCUGCUUUCGGGAUUUAAACCAAAAUCGAGCUUCUGACCGGCUGGACGUGAAGCGCUGACGGACGUAACGACGUAACGGAAUCCACCGGACGCCGUUCAAUAUCGGAGUAUUACGCUCCGCUCAGUCUGGACUGUCGACUGAACACAAACGCACGUCUUCUCUUUGGUCCUCUUCUUCGAUUUUAACACUAUCAGACUCUGCUGUGGACCGGAUCUCUCUGCAAUUUUGCAAUGAAUCCUUCAAAAUCAA